AUGGGGGAAUCGAUUAUCGAGUGGCCGCGUUUGAUAGAGGUAUUGCGUGUUUAUGUGUAUAUAAAAGACGAAGUAAGCAACUUUCCCAAGGCAUUGCAGAGUCAUCGCUGGAACCGUCAAGUCGGGGUUUUUGAGGUUCAGAGUAGCAGCUGCUGGUGUCCUUCAAGCGCCGUGUACUGGGUCAUUGAUUCAGGUUUCAGGGAAGACCGCGCUUACACCGGGGAAAAAAGGAAACACAAGGUCUGCAGAAGGAUGAAGCGGAUUCUGAAAUCUGAAGCGGGUGUAAUGGUCCUCGUUAUCAUGAGUAAUCUUAUUACGGCUAACAGGGACUCUGGUAACGUGAGGCUACUUGGAAAUAACUUACAUCAGCCUCAUGCGGGCUACGUUAAUAUGGAAUCGGAUAGGGUUCAAAGAAUUCUAGAUCACAUCAAGGGAAGUUUGAAGGAAAGCUUUCAACAACUGCAGCAGCAGAAGCUUUCGAUGGAUAGCUUACAGGAGCUUCAAAGUGGCCAUGAAGGUUUACUAGAAAUUUCAAAAAUUGAUAAGGUUUCUCCAGAGUGGUCCGAGGUGCCACCAGAGGGAAUUCACAAUCAUAUACAUAGAGAUUAUCACAAACUAAGUAAUAUCCACGAACCUUUGGUCAAAGUUCUCGAAGCAGCAACUGAUAAUCACGAGCCAACGGGUAGUGCCAAUGAAAUUUUUGGUAAUAUUCUGAAGCCUUUGGAUAAAGUUAAGAACAUUCUACAAAACGGCCAUAAGCUAGAGGCCAAAAGUUCAGAUGCUUUAGUUAAUAGCCAGACUCCCAUAAGUCUUGCCCAGGUUUCCCAUGAUGGUAGCAAAGAAUCUCUAGAUAACCGCGUGAGGGGUGUAAGGAGCGAUCUCAAGUCUUCGGAUAAUACUGAGAAGCAAUCUGGAAAUAUGAUAUAUUUUGACAGAAGGCAGAAACGAUCAGUAAUCAUUGAUGAGUCCCCUCUAGAUAUAAGAAAACAUUCGGUAAAUGAUCCUUUAUGCACGCGAAGUGCUCAGAAGGAGGUAAAGGAAACACAUGAAAGCAUUCCUGAUCCAUAUAAAAGUUGCAAUCCAGAAAAUGUAUGUAGUAAUCAGCUUCUUUCUCGGAAUAUAUCGCCAACUGUUCAGCAGAUUCCCAGUAUCGUCAUGAGUUCAUCAUUCUACCGGACAAAUCAACAUUUAUAUCCUAGUCUCAAGCAAGAAGACAGCAAGUACCAGGAAACCAUUGUAUCGGUACUGCCUGCAGAAGCCUUCAUGAAGGAGAAACAAGAAUUCACAUCCGGAUACAACAGCCCCCUCAGGAUCUUCGAAGAUUCUUCAACUAAACACAAAAAUGAGAAACCUAUUCUCAUAGGGAUAAAUGAAGAACUUCACGAAGAAAGCAAUAGUAAGACUGGCAUUUAUCUCUGUACGAGAAACAGAAAACUCAAAGAUGUUGUUGGUAGUGGCCAGGAAGAUAACGAACAAGAUAUAGCAGCUUAUACAGAGAGCACACUGGGAUAUUCUGCUAAAGAUGCCAUUUUAAAGACCGAGGCCAAACGUAAGACCACUUUGGUCCCCGAUGAUCAGUCACAGGCCGGGAUUAAGCUGGGAGGCUUCCUGAUCGACGUCUUACUCACCACUGGUCACGUGGACAUACACAUCCUUACCAGGGGACAAAUAGUGAAGGGACUAGACAAGGUGGCCUACUUGUUAAGCGGCCGCUAUAUCCAGAUCGAGAUAUGGACCAAUCUAAAGAGGUUUCUGAGCCACCUUGGACCUACAGAAGGGUACCUCAGUACUGACCAGUUUAUCGUCUACGGAACGUCUUUCGACGUUUUGGAUAUAAUCAAGCAGAGACGGAACUUCAUGGACGUCAUCAACAUAGGGUUGACCACCUGGUACUAUGUGAUCCUAGACCUUCAUGCAGAGAGCCAGAUGCUAGCAGAUGCUCUGGAGGAGGGAUCGACUUGCGUCUUGCUGCGACCGUCUCUGUAUGGAGAAUACUGGGUCGCCUACACACUGAUCUCUCCCGGCGACGGCUCCAAGUACUUCAGCUACGUGGGCACGUGGACAGAGAAGUGUGGCUUGCAGCUCACUCGAGAAAUCUUUCCGAAGAGAGCCAGGAACUUGCGAGGAAGAUCCCUCAUAGUUGGCGUGAUUAAUAAACCUCGGGUUUUACAGAUCAAAGAAUUGACCAACUCUUCCUCUUCCACAAUGCAUGGUUACUCCUACGACAUCCUAGUUAUUCUCCAAGAGCACCAUAACUUCAGUAUUAUCCCCACGAUAUAUACACACUGGGGAUCACCUGAUGAGAAUGGGUCCUGGGACGGCGUCAUCGGAGCACUACACCAGAAGGAAAUUGACUUCAGCCCAAUGGACUUCACACCAACCAUGGAGAGCCGUGAGUCCAGACCUCAGGUCAAUGAAACUGUCCUCAGGCAUUUAUAUUGUUUUUUAAACUGUUGUCAUCUGAUGAACACUGUCCUCAGGUUCACUGCUGUCAUUGACAAUCACGAGAAGCUGUCAUCUAACACUCGCGUCAUCCCUGUGACUGAGGUUCAUUCCAACACUAUGACUAUGCUGAUGGAGUCGGACAGGAAGUCCUUCCAGAAGCUAGUGGCUCGCAUACAGCUCCUGGAACCUUCCUUCAUCGACACAGCCAAAUUUUUCGAUGGUAUCGCUGCAGGAAAGUGGGCUUUUGUAGAUACCGCGAGUUCAUCUUACGGGCGAGCUCUCGACUACGAGAACGAGCGAGGUCGUUGCAGGUUCUACAAGUCAAGAAGUAGCAUUGUUGGGGGUCUGGACGCCUGGCCCUUUCCCAGGAAUUCUCCUGUCCACGCCACCUUAUCUAAAUCUUUAAAGUGGCUCCGUUACUAUGGUAUACUGGAACACAUCAAGGCCAGGUACUACCGCCCUCGUUGUUAUUCCACUAAGGAUGCUAAGAAAAACAAUGAAGGGUCGAAGAAGAUGGACCUUGGGAAGAUGCAAGCCUCCUUCUACAUCCUGGGUCUGGGCUUGUGCCUUGGCUUCCUCAACUUUCUGGCAGAGUUGCUCCUGUUUUUCUUCAAACGCUGUUGUGGUAGAGAGUAGCUGAGAUUUUGUAUUAAAUCUAAAGGAUGAGUAAACGUGCAGACUGUAGGCUACGAAGGUCGUGCAUGUUACCCCUUGGUCAACAUUUGUGAAAAAUGACCUUCUGAUAACACUUCCGAAGAAAUGACCACCUCUGGACACGAGUGCAGGGAUGAUAUCCCCUCCCUUUCCAUUACUUUUGGAGGUAUGACCUGCCUAUGUCAUCACCCUCUGAAUUAAACUGGAGUAGGAUGAGCUGCCUUCACCUGGUAAAACGUUCAUUGGAUAAUCUUGCCCUGUCGCCCCUCCUCGACCUCUUCACUUCGUCUGGUAACUAGGGGGAGAUGCUGUCUUCCCCUCACCAUCUGGCAACAUUUAGGAGGGGUAGGCUGUCCCCUCCAACCUACCCACCUCCAACAAACUUUCUUUAAUCGCCUGUUUAGUUAAGUUUAUUGCCUAAAAUUUCACUUUAUUCUAACUUCUUAAUCAACCGUUUUGGUGUAAAGGAAUAUUUUUUUUCUUGCAUUAGCGGCUUUGGUUCUUACUUUUAGUAAAUAUUCUUAAGAGUUGCAUGAAAGUACGAAAGCAAAUUAUCCCUAAGGAUAAAAUUUUUUUAGUUUUCUCAUACUGAUCUAUGUCCUUUUAAUAUCCUCGCAAACUGCGUAGCCUAAAUUAUUAGUGUUCACAGCAUCGUUAAACUAAUUUCAUUUAGAAAAGUUUAUAAAUGAAGUAACUUUGUAUAUUCAACAUUGUACUGGCUUCGCAGUUUAGAUGCUCGUCACGUAUUUUUAUUUUGGGGGAGGGGGGGGGGUUAGGACUGCAACAAUUCGGCAUAAUGAGUUUAAUGCUCAUGUUGCCAUAUAUUUUUUAUCAAUUUUCAAGUCUCAUGAUAAACGGCUUUUGGAAAGUUUGACGCCUAUUUUUAAUGCAACUUUUAAAUACUGUAUAUUCAGACUAUCGUAAGUCUUUUUAAAAGUUUAUUAAUAUUGUAUUACAAAAUUUGACGUGUGGUAUUUUAUGAAGUUUAAAACAAAUUAUUGCAUGUUACAAAUUUUAUUUACAAAGUGUUUGACACUUUGUAUAAAGUUUCUAUUGCUUUCCUGCUCUAGUAACUUGUUAAAAUGUUUAAUCAUGUACAAAGUUUCACCUAUUCAUGAUUCUUCACUAUGAAUGUACAAAGCUGCUCGUGUGAUUUCAGUUAAUAUGUAAAUAGCCGCAAAGAAA